AUGCCUGAAGCUCCAGACUCAUCAGCUGGAGUAUUCUUCAACCCCGUACCUUUGAGCUCCCAGCUGUACCUCAAUGUCAAAGACCGCCACUCCAUCCAAUUCCAGACGGCAAGACUCCCAUGUGGACGCCACUAUUUCUCAGCAUCAAUGUUUAUGGAUUUGGGCAGCUCGCCCCACGAGCUUGGAAACGCGGUUCCUCACCUGGUUCGUAACCAGCCGCUUUACGCCUUCGGAUGGAAUAUCAACCCUGCUUAUAUCCCGGAGAGCGGAGGCACAAUCACAAUCAUUGCCGAAUGUUGGAUACCUCACGAGUCCGAGCCUAUCGUUCUUUGGGACACGACUUGCAAGAUUGUACUGGGGAUCAAGCGCGACUUCCACGUGAGCGUAUUCACCGGCGAUCUUCUAGUUGCGCAGGCGAGCGCUUUGAUGAGCUAUGUUUACGCUCGACCCCAGUCCUCUUGGGCUAACUACCCGAAUGCACGUGUUAACCGUGUGGUGGCGAGCGACGCUGCUGAUGGGUGCCGGCUUAGCGACACGACAUUCGAGCCGAGUCCCCCAGACUCAAUCGCCGGCGCUAACGACAAAGAACGCAAACAUGGUACCUCAUGUGAGGACGGCAACCCGGACGAGGAGGACGACUUCGGUGAGGGGAAUGACCUGGGCGAAGAGGAUAAACUGGGUGAGAAGGGUGACCUGCAGGAAGGGCAAGCUUACAAAAUACUGCACAUAUGUUUCGGCUAUGAGAUGUAUCUGCCCGGUCCCUUCUCGCUCUUGCCUCAACGAAGCGCUGGCCAUUCUGUUCGCACAACAGGCCCCCUCCUCUGCCUGCUGUUCCCCUCCGUCAGGGCCCUCCGUCUUGCUGCCAGCCCUUCCUUCCGCAGCAGCCUUCUCUAUUACCUGCGUUUCCGUCAAACUUCAUAUGCGUGGCGUGCCGGCUCCCCUGCCGACCGACGCAUCCUCCCGACUUGGCUGGCGUAUGAACCAUCCCAGAACAUCUAUGUCCCCUGCGUCAGAUAUGACCUCCAAGCGCACGCAGCAGAGCAAGCUGGCGUCGUUGCAAUGAUCGAGUACACGCGAGAUCGCGACGCGGAUUAG